AUGGUGGAUAAACCAAUGAGCAAUCAUCGAAGCGCGCGCUUCCCUCUUUCCAUUACCAAGCUUCUCUUGUGUUCCCUUAUCUCGCUGAGCUUCAUUGUGUUUUUCUUGUUCGGAUAUCCACCCUCCAAUGCUUCUUCCCCAUCGCGCCGCUCCCUCCGCGGCGGAGCUGACUGGGAAAGUUCCGUUCUUGAAUCUGCGACCCCACGUGUUGCUUCAUCCAAAGCCGGUCUCAGGGUACUUGUCACCGGCGCCGCCGGUUUCGUGGGGAGCCAUGUCUCGAUUGCUCUGAAGCGGCGUGGAGAUGGGGUUGUUGGCAUUGAUAACUUCAAUAGUUACUACGAUCCUUCUUUGAAGCGUGACCGCACCAAUGUCCUCACACGAGAAGGGAUCUUCAUUGUCGAGGGAGACAUCAACGACGUUACCCUCUUGAAAACUCUAUUCAAAUUGGUGAAAUUCACACACGUGAUGCACUUGGCUGCACAAGCUGGGGUACGCUACGCAAUGAAGAACCCUUCCUCUUAUGUUAAUAGCAACAUUGCUGGCCUUGUGAAUGUUCUCGAGGUGUGUAAAUCUGCGAACCCACAACCUGCUAUUGUUUGGGCUUCAUCUAGUUCUGUUUAUGGUCUCAAUUCUAAUGUACCCUUUUCUGAGAAAGAUCGAACGGAUCAACCUGCAAGCUUGUAUGCUGCAACAAAAAAGGCUGGUGAGGAAAUUGCACACACUUAUAAUCAUAUUUAUGGCCUUUCAAUUACUGCUUUGAGAUUCUUCACUGUUUAUGGCCCUUGGGGUCGACCCGAUAUGGCGUAUUUCUUUUUCACUAGGGAUAUCUUGAAAGGGAAGCAAAUACUCAUCUUUGAAGGUCCUCAUCAUCGAUCUGUUGCUAGGGAUUUUACUUACAUUGAUGAUAUUGUGAAGGGUUGUUUAGGGGCAUUGGACACUGCUAAAAAGAGUACUGGCAGUGGUGGGAAGAAGAAUGGGCCAGCACAGUUGCGGGUUUUCAAUCUUGGCAACACUUCACCUGUGUCUGUGACACAGCUUGUGAACAUACUGGAGAAGUUGCUCAAGGUGGAUGCAAAGAAGAAAAUGCUGCCAAUGCCUAGAAAUGGUGAUGUUCUUUUCACGCAUGCUAAUAUAAGCUUGGCCACAAAGGAGCUUGGAUACAAGCCUAGCACAGAUUUGGAAACAGGUUUGAAGAAAUUUGUGAAUUGGUAUAUGGAGUACUAUUCUGCAUCUGGGGAGAAGAGUGUUUGGUAAAGAGCAUUACUGGAAUGGAUGGGUGGUAGAGUCAAUUCCAUUAGUUUUUCGGUUUAUUUAAUUUUGCAAAUUGUUCUUGCUUUACUCUUCUCC